GAGGAAAAAGAAGAAACAAAUGCGAUAAAGUUAUAUACAUAACGCGUAAACUAGCUUUUUAAAAGUUUUUUAUGGUUUAUGAGAACAACCGAAAGCUACUAAGGUAACUUAAGCAUUUAUAACCUGCUGAACGCUGAAAAUAUUAGAAGUUACGUUGAAACCACUGAACUUUUACGUUUCCUGAACCACCUUUAUGUAAGCUAACCGUAAUUCAUUAGCUAUUCGAUAAGCUCCAACUAUUAAUAUAAACGUCGAUAGAAAAGGCUGUCGUAGUCACCCUGAUGUCAAAGGAUAACGCUUAAUAAGAAGCAACAACAUGGAAGAAGAUUACAUUAAAAACAUCCGUCAGAUGCUCAUGAGCUGUGUGUCUAUUUCUGGAGUCACUGAGAUGACAUGGACAGAGGAGAACAUGGAGACCCUGGAUAAGUUUAUUGUGGACACUUCCAUUGGAUCUGUAGUUGUCUAUAUGCACAGAUCAAACGUGCUUCGGGUGGAUUUCAGAACCCCGCCACUGGGGGAGGUGAUUGAGGAGCUAUUCUACAUCACCCGAAUGCCAGGAGCCGUAAUCACAGAGGAGAACUUUGAUUUUGUGGUACAGUUCGACACGAUGAGGGACGACCCCCUCCGGGUGCUGCUGGAGGACAUGAUCUGCUUGCAUUCCAUUCCAGUUGCCUACAGCAGCUACAAGAAGAAGGUUAAGGAUGAAUAUACCAGGGACAUGCAGUACUUCAUCUCUUCCCUUAAUGAUGACUUGUAUAAGAAGGUAGAAAGAACAGUUCUCUACAUCCCAGUGGAAGGCCUACUGUGCUCUGCUGAGGAAGCCAGCAAGGACAAGAAGCUGGUGAACAGGAUGGAGAUUAUGAUAAUCCACUGGACGGAUCAGAUCAGAGAGUUACUGAACAUCCAAGAAAACGUGGACAAGAGGGAACAGAGCGGCCCGCUGCAGGAGAUUGAGUUCUGGAAGAGUCUCUCCACCAAGCUGUUGGAGAUCAGCAAUCAGCUGCAGAAGCCAAGCAUCAAACACAUCCAGAAGAUCGUGUAUCUGGCCAAGUCCUUAUACCUGCAGCGCUUUCAAGAACUCGCCACAGAACUACAGGAAUGCUCGGUGCAGGCGGAGUCAAACCUGACCUUCCUGUCCAUCCUUAAGAAGCCUUGUGAAGAGCUUUCCCAUCUCAGGCCAAAACAAAUUGCUUCAAAGCUGCGACACAUCGUGGUUCUCAUUCGAAUCAUCUGGGUCAACUCACCCUCCUACAACAGCAACGAGAAAAUCACUGGGCUCUUCUGCCAGAUGAGUAACGAGAUCAUCCGUCUGUGUAGUGAAAACAUCUCUCUGGACGAUAUCUUCGAGGGCCAGUUGUCGUCCAGCAAGCGAAUCCUCGACGACUGCAUCCAGUGUUGCACGUCCUGGAAGGACACUUACAUGCAUGUCUCAAAGCUUCAUCACAAGUAUUCUCACAAAGGCUGGGUUCUGGACAAAACAAAGUUUUUCGUGGGGAUUGAUGCCUUCAUUUUGAGGCUCAGAAACCUCCUUGAGAUCUGUGACUGCCAGUACCAGUUUGCCCGUUGGGAGGAUGGCGAGCAGAGAGACAUGCCCUGCUUCAGAGGCAGCGCCGGACCAGAGCUGACCCGCAACCUGCUGAAGAUAGAGACCAGUUUCCAACAAGGACUGCAGAACCUGCGGACCUUUGGCAAGGGGAUCCUUGAUGUCCAUCAUCCCACGUGGAGUAAGGAGUUCAGCAGGUUUUGUACAUUUGUAAAGGAUCUGGAAAUGAUGACCCAGGAGUUGAUGAACUCAGCUUUCCGGACCGUGAACACAGUUCAGGAAGGAGUUAGGCUGCUGGACAUUUUCAGUCCUAUGUCCACGCGCAAGGCCAUACGGCGCACAAUGGAGGAGAAGUCAGAGGAAGUGUACCGCAUCUUUAGCAAAGAGCUUCACGUGGUGAAGGAGACAGCGGAGCAGAAGGGUCGCUGUUAUCCUGAUCACAUACCACAAAUUGUGGGGCAGGUCAUGUGGGCCAAAGCUCUCAAGCAGCGCCUAGAAAAACCCAUGCAGAUCCUUCACAAGUGCUCCUUUAUGCCGGAAUCUCAGAGCCGCAAGGACAUCAUUUUUACCUUUGGGCAGACGAACCACAUCCUGGAGGAGAUGGUGAGGAAAAGCUUCUUUGAAUGGACCCAGAACUUGGAUGGACAGUACCUGAAGAAACUGCAGCAGACUCUCUUGGUGCGCCUCAAGGGCACUCCCUCCAGGCUGGAAAUCAAUUUCGACAACAACCUGCUGAGGCUGUUUUCUGAGAUCCAGUACUGGGACCGAAUGAAGUUUGAGAUCCCACAGAUUGUGUCCGACAUGUACCAGAGCAGGGAGGAGAUCCGGCUCCUCCGGGAGAGAGUGCUGCUGCUCAUCAGGAACUACAACAGGAUUGUUGGAAUGCUCUCUCGUGAAGAGCUGCGUCUGUUCCGGGAGCGGGUCCGUUUCCUUGACAAGAAGGUGGAGCCUGGCAUGACCAAGUUGCUCUGGUUGUCCCAAGGAGCUUCGAACCACUUCAUCAACGAUUCCCUUAUCCACAUUGACAAGGUGCAGUCUGUCAUUGAUGGUUACAAAGUUUCCAAUCUGUCCAUCUCCAACCUCUGUAGGCAGAUCAGUGAAACUUUGCUGGUUAAAAUAGAUGGGAAGACAGUGUACAGAAACCUGGAAUUUGAGGAUGACCAGAACGCUCACCAGCAGAGCCGUCUCAAAGUGCUGCGCUCGGUACACCAGGAAAUCGUUAACAUCAUGACUCAGAUUCACACCAUCUUUGCCGGCGAUGGAGCUGAGGUCCAGGCACAUUGGGAGAAGUAUUCAGAGAAGGUGGACCACAUAGUGGAAGAGGCAUUCCGGCUUAACAUCAGGGACUCCAUGAAGAAACUAAGCAGAGCCAUCACCGGGGAUAACAAGACAUCGCCCAGUCCGCUGUUCAAAGUGCUGGUGCUUCUGCGGCAGGCGACUCCUCAAAGCGUGCCAAAGCUGGAGUUCUCGCCGUCUCUGCAGAAGCUUGGACAGAUUGUGAACAUUUUGCCUCAGUUAAUCAAAAUCAUCUCUGAAUUUAAGCGUCUCCCCGAGCUUCUCUCCGACAAAGAGUCUCUGGCUCUCCCCAUAUACGUCAGCAUAGAGCGAGACGAAAGGAUUAUUAAGACCCAGGCUGCAAUUAUGGCAGGGAUGUCAGCCAAUGCCAGGCAACUGGAGGCCUAUUUGAAGAGCUGGGGCAAAUACAGGCCCAUCUGGGAGAACAUCAAAGACUACAUUAUACAACGUUACAGGACAGCCAACACUUCAGUAUCGACUUUUGAUGCAGAUAUACAAAGAUACACUGAGAACGCCAGCAGUAUUCAACAGGAAGAGACGAUCAUCUCCAUACAGUUUGUGAUGCUGGACUGUUCGCCGCUCAAGUCCACCCUGGUGCAACACUGCGACGAGUGGCAGAAGAAGUUAACACAGCUUCUCAGCGAGAUAGCAAGCACUUGUCUAAAAGAACUUUACGACUCAAUGCAAAGCAAUGCUGAUAGGUUGAUGAAACCGCCGCAGACCCUUGAGGAGCUAAGUGAUAGCCUGACUCUUCUAGCAAAUCUCAAUAGCAAUUUGGCCAACACAGAAGCUCAGAUUCCUCUCAUCCAUGAACGAUUUGCCAUCCUCGACAAAUAUGAAGUCGAAGUGGAGCACAGCGUUCAGGUCAUGCGAGAGGAACUGAAUGACAAGUGGAUUUGGUUUCAGCAGGUGUUGAUUAACAGCGACACCACCCUGUCGAAAGACAAAGAAAAGUUUAAAACCGGCCUCGUCCGUUCCUUUGAGGAACUCAAGAAGAAGAUCGACGUUACCUUUCAGGAGUUCAGCGCCAAAGGUCCUUUUCAGAGCUUGUUAAGCUUUGAAGUAGCAAUGAAGCAAAUAGCAGAAUAUCGUGGCCAACUGGAGGCUCUAAUACAAGAGCAAAACACCAUCAUCAGUGGGCUGGCAUUCUUCAGAAUCGAUCAACCUCCCUGUAAAUUCAUCAUGGCGAUGGAAAAGGACAUGGAUCAGCUCCAGGAGGUGUGGGAAAUCUCUCACGAAUGGGACGAAAGCUGGGAAAACUGGAAGGUUCUUCACCUGUCACAGCUGCAGACGCGGACCAUGGAGGAAACGGCACUGGAGAUGUACAAGAGACUUCGCGCCCUUCAGAGAGAUCUCAAGGGUAAAGAUUGGGAGAUAGUUUCUUCCUCCAGGGUGAAGCUUGAAAAGUUCAAGCACAUCAUCCCCCUCAUUACUGAUCUGAGGAAUCCAGCUCUGAGAGACAGACACUGGAACCAGAUCUGUGAGGAUCUAGAGCGCACAUUUGACCACACCAACCCUGACUUCACCCUGGAGAAGAUCAUCUCUCUGAACCUGGAUCAUUACGCUUCGGUCAUUUCGGAGAUCUCUGGAGCUGCCAGCAAGGAGCUCUCCAUAGAACAGGGUCUGAUCAAUGUCAAGAAGACAUGGGAUGACGUAUACCUGGAAAUCGCGCCGUACAAAGAGGAGGGCCACUACCGGCUGAGAGGGAGUGAAGACGUCUUCCAGACGCUGGACGAUAACCAGGUCAUUUUGUCCACGAUGAAGGCAUCCCGCUUUGUUAAAGCCUUCGAGCGAGAGGUGGACCAAUGGGAACGCCAGCUCACCCACGUGAUGGACGUCAUCGACAUGAUCCUCUCCGUGCAGCGAAACUGGAUUUACUUGGAAAACAUUUUCCAAGGAAAGGACAUCAGGGAGCAGCUUCCUAACGAGUGCACCGAGUUCGCGGGCGUCAGUCGCAACUGGAAGACCAUAAUGGAGCGUCUCCACGAGAAUCCCAACGCCCUGCAGGGAACGCAUCAUCCCG